AUGGUUGAUGAAUACUCCAACCAGUUCAUCCUCAUCACCACCGAUGCCAACAUCUCUGACAAGGAACAGGUCCCCUACUUCCAACAGGCAUUCUACCAGUUCGAGGAAACUCAAAGGGACACAUGGGUACGACAGGGAGAAGAAACUGCACAGUUGAUUUGGAAGGAGAAGAUGACGCACCUGCUAUGGGAGACCAAGCGGGAAUAUAUCGAGGGGUGGGGACGGAGAACAUUCUUCGCAAUGACCAGCGGGUACCACAACCUGGUCCUUUGGUGGAACGUCCACACUCUGCCCCAUCCGUAUAACCCCAGACAAACCAUCAGCGACACGUCAUGUCGCCUGAUGGACGACAGGGAAAUGGAGGCGUCAGUCUUUCUGCUCGAAUAA